AUGCCGGUGGACAGAACCCCACCAAAAACUGACGAUAAGGAGGAAUCGAAUUUCUUGGGAUUCGAUGAUGGAGCCAAUGUGACACUUCCUCUGGUGCCUGUCAUUUCGAAUGACAAUGGCAUGAGUGAAAAAGAUGGGUCAACAAUGAAAAUCAAAUCGCUCACUCGCCAAAGGGAACAAGCAAUGAACAAGAUUCUUCGCAUUUACGAGCAAAUCAACAUUCCGCUUCCAAUCGAACUGCCAAACCUGAAAGUGCAUAGCGCCAAAUUGCAAGCAGCAUAUAGAGAGUACUCUGGGUUUCAUAGUGAAAUCAUUGCGAUGAUUCCAGACGACCAAGUGAUAGCACAGGAAGCGGAAUAUGUGCGCUUCGAAAAGUAUUUCGACUACACAUCGGCUGCAGUCGAGGCUCGCAUCAUGCAACAAACAACGAUUCGACCGAACCCACCGGCACAAGUAGUGAUUCAUCAGCAGCCUUUGAAGGCACCCAUACCUACAUUCGACGGCGAGUAUACCAAGUGGCCAAAAUUCAAAGCCAUGUUUCAGGACGUGAUGGCACAGUCUCGCGAUUCAGACGCGAUAAAGCUUUAUCAUCUUGAUAAGGCUUUAGUAGGAGCAGCUGCUGGUGUACUGGACGCAAAAACAAUCAACGAAGGGAACUAUACCGGUGCCUGGAACAUUCUCACGGAACGGUACGAGAAUCAACGAGUGAUAGUGGAAACGCAUAUCCGUGGUCUCUUGUCAAUGAAAAAAAUGGCCACAGAAUCAUACAAGGAACUCCGCACUCUACUCGACGAGUGCCACAAUCACGUCGAAGGUUUGGAAUACCUGAGCCAGGAAGUGAGUGGUGUGUCCGAACUAAUGCUUGUUUACCUGGUGACUGCAGCUCUGGAUAAAUCGACACGCAAGCAAUGGGAGCAGACAUUGAAGCCAGGUGAGUUGCCAAAAUAUUCAUCCAUGAUAGCCUUUUUGAAGUCCCAGUGCCAAGUACUGGAAAGAUGUGAAGCUGCCUGUCCGCUCCAAAUACCAAAGCCAAUUCCAAAGCAGUUUACAUCGUCGAAGGUCGCUAAUCAGCGAUCACAUGCCGUAACAACGAGUUCCGAUGAAAACAGUGAAAAAUUGUUGGAAAAAUGUGAUAUUUGUGAAGCCCCCCAUCGAAACUAUCAGUGCAACAAACUAAAUACACUUUCGAGUGCCGAAAAGUUUGAAAAGAUCCGAUCCGCCGGAAUUUGUUUCAACUGUCUCCGUAAAGGCCAUCGAUCAAAAAAUUGUCCCUCUACUAAGACCUGUCGUAAAUGUCAGAGGCGGCACCAUACCCAGCUCCACGACGACGACUCAAGGCCUAAACAAGAAUCCAAAUCAAACAUUGCAGUCGCCGAUCACAAAGCAGAAGAACCUGUUGAAGGCACAUCCGCCGUGCAGAUCCCGGGAGCAGCUCAGCAACCUGGAACCAACGUUACAACUACAUGUCACUACGACAACACUCACACGCCAAAGACAGUGCUACUGCUAACAGCAAUGGUCUUAGUUACAGACAUGAAUAAUCAAAUCCGUCACUGCCGAGCGCUCUUAGACAGUGGGUCCCAGGCGAAUUUCAUAACUGAGAGUUUGGCCGACACACUUGGAAUGGAGAAGAAAUGUGCCAACGUUCCCAUAUCUGGAAUUAACAAUGUUAGAAGUCUAGCCCGUGACAAAGUGGAGGUACAGUUUCAUUCCCGAUGCAGUGAUUUCCGAGCUUCACUCGAAUGUCUGAUAAUACCCAGGAUAACUGGCAUGAUUCAAACAAAGGACAUCGAUGUAACGGAUUGGAUGCUCCCAGAAGGUAUACAACUGGCAGACCCGACUUUCUUCAAAAGCAACCAUGUGGACAUGUUAAUUGGCGCAGAGUUGUUCUUCACACUGAUGAAACCAGGACAUAUAACACUCGAUGACGAUUUACCCGAACUUCGAAACUCACACCUUGGAUGGUUAGUCACUGGAACAUACCGACCGCGGAAACACGACGAAGAUAUUCAGUACUCGCAUGUAGCAUCUCUUGAAUUGGUAGAAGAAUCGAUUCGAAAGUUCUGGGAGAUAGAAGAAGUACCAACAGUCAACACCAUGUCAUCAGAGGAACAGAAAUGUGAAGACCAUUUUGUAUCCACCUACGAGCGAGACCAAACCGGACGAUUUAUGGUUCGAUUGCCCCUUAAGGAUAAUGCCGACCAAAUAGAUAGCUGCCAAAAUUUAGCAUUAAAAAGAUUUUUCAUGCUGGAGAAUCGAUUACAGCGCAAUACAGAGCUAAAAAUCCAGUACACCGAUUUCGUGCAAGAAUAUCAGAAUUUGGGUCACUGUCGAGAAGUGCAAGUGGCAAACGACGACCCAAACUGGAAGCCAUACUAUAUGCCGCAUCACGCGAUACUUCGCCCAGGCAGCUCGUCGACGAAGCUUCGUGUUGUCUUCGAUGCCAGCGCAAAAUCUGCUACAACGAACCUGUCUCUCAACGAUACACUACUGGUAGGUCCAGUGGUGCAAAGUGACAUCAUUUCAAUUAUGCUGAGAUUCCGACAACACCGGUAUGUCUUUACGGCAGACAUAAUGAAAAUGUACCGUCAGAUUCGUGUUCAUCCAGACGAUACGCAUAAGCAACGCAUUUAUUGGAGAGAGCACCCGAACGAGCCGCUGAAGAUUCUGGAACUGCUUACUGUAACGUACGGUACAGCAUCAGCACCGUAUCUGGCCACCAGAAGUCUGGUCCAACUCGCCAAUGAGGAAGCUGAAAGUUUUCCUGCUGCUGCAAACAUAAUUAAAACCGAUUGUUACGUUGAUGACAUCCUAUCGGGUACGACUACAAUCGAAGAAGCCAUCGAUGCCCAACGCCAGCUGAAGGAGAUGCUGGCCCGAGGAGGGUUUCCGGUACACAAAUGGUGUUCUAAUUCGCCCGAGCUACUAGCACACAUUCCUGAUGAAGAAAAAGAACCGCUGAAACCGCUUGCAGAUCGCCAUGUCAACGAUGUCAUCAAAGUGCUCGGCCUACUAUGGGAACCGACCACCGACGAGUUAUUAAUUGCUGGAUGCACGAAGCCAGUAACAAAUUCCGACACAGCUGUAACGAAGAGAGCCAUUUACUCAGAGGUAGCUAAGCACUUUGACCCGCUAGGGUUUUUUGCACCAUCAAUCCUUUUGGCAAAGCUACUAGUCCAACGCCUAUGGCAGUGUAAACUGGAUUGGAACGAGCCCGUGGAUGAAGAGAACAAAAACGAUUGGAUUCUGCUCAAGAAUGGGCUACCUGAUCUACUACAGAUCAAAAUUCCACGUCAAGUGACGUUCACUGACGCAGCCUACUAUGAACUCCACGGAUUUGCAGAUGCCUCCAUGGUAGCGUAUGGAGCCUGUGUUUACGUCCGGAGCAUAUUGUCAGAUGGCACCGCCAAAGCUAAAUUACUGACCAGCAAGUCAAAGGUUGCUCCACUACAUCCUCUCACGAUUCCUCGCAAGGAAUUAUGUGCUGCCCUUCUGCUGACUAGACUAAUGGCCAAGGUAACACCUGCUCUUACCAUUCCCAUUCGAACAAUAGCACUCUAUUCCGACAGCGAAAUAGUUCUAGCUUGGCUGAAGAAACAUCCCUAUCAGCUUGAAACGUUUGUGUGCAAUCGUAUCGCAGAAAUUCAAGCCAAUACUUCGAACUACACUUGGAAUUAUGUUCGAUCAAGCAACAACCCGGCAGACAUCGUGUCUCGUGGGAUGCUACCCUGCGAGCUAAAGACCAAUGAAUUGUGGUGGACCGGCUCUGAAUCCAUCAACUCACCAGUCGUCAACUUUGAGCAUGUUAGUGGCAUCCCCGAUGAAAGGUUACCAGAACUGAAAUCAAAUGUAGUAAUAAUGACUGCGCUUAUCUCAGAACCGCUGGCAAUAUUUGAAACUUGCAGUUCGUUUCGUCGACUUCAACGGAUUAUAGGAUGGAUCCUACGCUUCUCGGAUAAUGCCCUAAAAAGGAAGAAUGUUAGAAUCACUAAUCGAAAUCUUACUGUACAAGAACUACGGCGGUCCAUGAUUGUCAUCGUACGGGUAAUCCAGCAUAUCGAUCUCGAAGACGAAAUCCUACGAGUGAAAACCAAAACACCGUGCAAACGAAUUGGAAAUCUCAACCCGAUUUACACCAGCGAUGGUGUGCUUAGGGUCGGAGGACGGCUUAAGCAUUCAAAACUUCCUGAAGAGUCCAAACAUCAAUUGAUAUUACCGCAUGCUAGUCCAGUCACUCAUCGAUUAAUUCGCGACAUGCACCAAGAACUACUCCAUGUUGGACCUGCUGCGUUACUUUCGGCAGUCAAACAGCGUUUUUGGUUGCUACGUGCUCGAUCAACAAUUCGCAAGGUAACUAGAUCGUGUGUAAAAUGUUUCCGCACCAAUCCAACUGGCAUUUCGCAACUUAUGGGUGAUUUGCCACGACAACGAGUUACACCGUCCCCCGCAUUCAGCAUCACUGGCGUGGACUAUGCUGGUCCGAUUUUCGUGAAGCAAGGAGCUUAUCGCCCGAAAGUAGUUAAAGCCUACAUAGCGGUUUUUGUGUGUAUGGCCACAAAAGCUUUACACUUAGAAUUAGUGUCGGAUCUAACAACUGAUGCCUUUCUUGCGGCUCUCCAGCGCUUCAUUAGUCGCAGGGGACUUGUAUCUGAAAUGCACUCAGAUAAUGCAACGAAUUUUCAUGGUGCCAACAACGAGCUGCACAGAUUGUACGAGAUGUUCCGUAAUCAACCCGAAAUCAACAAAAUUGUGCAAUUCUGUAAUACAAAGGAAAUUGAAUGGCACUUCAUUCCACCAGAUGCACCCGAAUUCGGUGGCUUAUGGGAAGCUGCCGUAAAAUGUACUAAGACGCACCUAAAACGAGUGAUCGGAAAUACGACGCUUACUUUUGAGGAAAUGGUUACUAUUUUGUGCGAAAUAGAGGCUGUACUUAACUCCAGGCCACUUUUCGCCUUAUCUGGUGAUCCUGCUGAUCCCGAAGUGAUUACUCCAGGUCACUUCCUGAUUGGCCGCCCAAUGACUGCGCUACCUGAACCAGCUUUUUACAACUGCAACAUGGGUCGGUUGAAACGCUGGCAACAUCUACAGCUGCUUCGAGAGCAGUUUUGGAGGGCCUGGUCCAACGACUAUUUGAGCAGUCUGCAACCGAGAAAGAAAAACUGGACCACGUCCAACAACGUCCGACCAGGUAUGAUUGUUUUGCUGCGCGACAAGAACCGUCCUCCGCUUCAAUGGAAACUGGGCCGCAUCACUGCUGUCCAUCCUGGUCCGGAUAAUCUGGUGCGCGUCGUGGAAGUUUUCAGCGAGAACAAGUUUUUUUCACGUUCAAUUGCAAAGCUGUCAAUUUUACCUAUUGAUGAAAAUCAAGGCCAACCUGAUCAGUUAGAAAAUGUUGAACCGAAAAGUCUCAACCGGGGGGAGGAUGUUCCGUACGGAAAAUAA